AUGUCGACUCGAAAAAAAGAAAGCCUCUACCUGGAACAAGCUACCACUGUCAUCAUCCCGGCGAAUUUAGAAACUCUUCGCACUCAACGCCUUGUCUUGCGUCCUCUGGAGAUGACAGAUGCCCCCAGCAUCUUUGAUUAUCGAUGCAGACAAGAUGUGGCAGAUUGGCUAUGGCCCAAAAUCCCCCAUAAAGAUAUCAAAGAAACCGAGGCAGUGAUUGCCAGCAAGACUUUCCAAACGCUCGACGCAUCCGGUGCCCUUGGGCGGAAAUUCAUUUUUGCUAUCAUCCCUGCCAACGACCCAAAUCAGAGGGUCAUCGGUGCCGCUGGAAUCAAUGCCCUUGUCCCAGGCCCGUCAAUUGGAUAUGGGAUUCAUCCUGAGUUCUGGGGGUAUGGAUACGCCACUGAGGCCGUGCAAGCACUCGUAGAUGCAUGGUGGAAGCUUCCCAGAGAGUUACCGGAGCAGUCGAGGGCAGCGGAAACAGAAAAGCUAUAUUCAGCAUGCAAUAAAGCAAAUGCUGGCAGCACAAAAGUCCUAUUGAAGACUGGAUUCAAGAUUUACGAGGAAAUAUCCGUGGAAGAUGAUGUGGUGGCACUUUUUGAGCAGGAGAGACCAAGAAAUUAA